ACGACGGUCGCCGCCAUAUUGCGGACCUGUCAGCGGGACGCGGCGCUGCCGCUCUUGCGUGUCUCUCCUGGAGCAGGACUAGUGCCACUAGCGUGCCCUGAGCUGUAGCAGAAGAGGAGCCGAAGUGCCCGCGACGCCUUCUGGCCGGCUGCGCGCUUCGUCGUCUCCUCGUCCUCCCGUUUUCUCUCGCUUCGGACCAAACUCGGUGGCCAGCAAGCGGAAAGCGCAACCGCCCCCGGGCGCUUCACACCCGCCAGAAAAGGACAAGAUUGUGAUACAGCCAAUGUUUUAAGUGAAAAAGAAGCACAGAAGAGGGGGGAAAAUGCCGAAGCCAAUUAAUGUGAGAGUUACUACAAUGGAUGCAGAACUGGAGUUUGCAAUCCAGCCCAACACAACGGGAAAACAGCUUUUCGAUCAGGUUGUAAAAACUGUUGGUCUACGAGAAGUCUGGUUUUUUGGACUGCAGUAUGUGGACAGCAAAGGAUACUCAACUUGGUUGAAAUUGAAUAAAAAGGUAACACAGCAAGAUGUAAGGAAAGAAAGUCCUCUUCAAUUCAAAUUCAGGGCAAAGUUUUUUCCUGAGGAUGUGUCUGAAGAGUUAAUUCAAGAAAUAACCCAGAGACUGUUUUUUCUGCAAGUCAAAGAAGCCAUCUUAAAUGAUGAAAUCUAUUGUCCACCUGAAACUGCUGUUCUGCUAGCUUCUUAUGCUGUUCAAGCUAAAUAUGGUGAUUACAAUAAAGAAAUACAUAAGCUAGGCUAUUUGGCCAAUGACAGACUUCUUCCCCAGCGUGUCUUGGAGCAGCAUAAAUUAACAAAAGAGCAGUGGGAAGAAAGAAUACAGAAUUGGCAUGAUGAACACAAAGGGAUGCUAAGGGAAGAUUCUAUGAUGGAAUAUCUCAAAAUUGCACAAGAUUUGGAAAUGUAUGGAGUCAACUACUUUGAAAUAAAGAACAAAAAGGGAACUGAGUUAUGGCUUGGUGUUGAUGCUUUGGGUUUGAAUAUUUAUGAACAUGAUGACAAGUUGACUCCCAAGAUUGGCUUUCCUUGGAGUGAAAUCAGAAAUAUUUCAUUUAAUGACAAAAAGUUUGUGAUAAAGCCUAUUGACAAAAAGGCCCCGGAUUUUGUGUUUUAUGCACCACGUCUGAGAAUUAAUAAGCGGAUAUUGGCUUUGUGCAUGGGAAACCAUGAGUUGUACAUGAGAAGGAGGAAGCCAGAUACAAUUGAAGUACAACAGAUGAAGGCCCAAGCUAGAGAAGAAAAACACCAAAAACAAUUGGAAAGAGCACAGCUAGAGAAUGAAAAAAAGAAAAGGGAAAUAGCAGAAAAAGAGAAAGAAAGAAUAGAGCGUGAAAAGGAAGAGUUGAUGGAACGGCUAAGACAAAUUGAAGAACAGACAAUGAAAGCCCAAAAAGAACUGGAAGAACAGACAAGAAGAGCUCUAGAGCUGGAUCAGGAACGAAAGAAAGCAAAGGAGGAAGCGGAGCGCCUGGAAAAGGAACGGAGAGCUGCAGAAGAAGCGAAAGCUGCUCUGGCAAAACAGGCUGCUGACCAGAUGAAAAAUCAGGAGCAGCUAGCAGCAGAACUAGCAGAAUUCACUGCUAAGAUUGCACUUUUGGAGGAGGCCAAGAAGAAGAAGGAAGAAGAAGCCUCAGAAUGGCAGCACAAAGCUUUUGCAGCCCAAGAAGAUCUGGAAAAGACCAAAGAAGAACUGAAGACUGUGAUGUCAGCUCCUCCCCCUCCUCCACCCCCACCUGUUGUCCCUCCAACAGAGAAUGAACAUGAUGAACAGGAUGAGAAUAAUGCUGAAGCUAGCGCAGAAUUGGCUUCUGAUGGUGUUGUAAAUCACAGGAGUGAGGAAGAGCGUGUAACAGAAACACAGAAGAAUGAACGUGUUAAGAAACAGCUCCAGGCUCUAAGUUCUGAGUUGGCCCAAGCCAGAGAUGAAUCCAAGAAAACCCAGAAUGAUGUCCUUCAUGCGGAAAAUGUUAAAGCAGGCCGAGAUAAAUACAAGACUCUUCGACAGAUCCGACAGGGCAAUACAAAGCAACGCAUUGAUGAAUUUGAAGCAAUGUUACAAAAGUACGCUCUCUUGCAACCUUUAGGAUAGAAACUUAUUAAGGAACAACAGAAGAACCUGUGAGGUCUACCCAGGCUUGCCUCUGUGCUUCUGUUAUUUGGAAAAGUUUACAAUCCUUUAAACAAACAAAGGUGCUAAGUCUUUUUCGAUUCUCUUGAAGGAGCCAGUCGUGGUUAGGAGAUCCGCCUGGACUCAGUUCUCCAACUUGAUUUUUCUAAGCAUUUCUUCUUUGGGAGUAUAUGGGAGGGGCUGUCAUCUGAAAAGAUAAUGCACAUUUUCAAAAUGCUUGAUGUGGUGUUGCAUCUCUUGGGUGCAGGAAAAUGUCAGCAGAAGCUAAUCUAUUCUGUAAGAGGGUUGCUCAGAUAUUUCUGCAUGAAACCUGACAGAAACUAGGCAUUUAAGAGAAAUUGCUAUUUUACUUGCCGUUUACACAUAUUUUUAACACAUUUUAUAAUAAGCCCUGAUGGCCUAAUAACCAGUGAUUUGUUACGGGCAAGCGCAAUCUCUUCAUGAAUUAUUUUUCUUUUAAAGUGCUGCCAUUGGUCCCCCUUCCCCCGCCAACCGUGUCAUUCAAGUGGCCAAUUUAUGCGUGUGUGUCUAGAUGAAGAUUUAUUGUAAAAUGUCUCUGCAGUAUUUGAAUAAAUGCACUCUACAUGCUAUACA